AUGUCUGCCCGUCAGCUACGACGACUGCAGAACCUCGUGAGGGCCUCCACAGGCGCUGACGAGGAUGCUGAGACGGAGUGCCCCUCAAAAAUGAGGAUGCCCAAAGGCGCAAAGAGGUCGGGGAGGCAUCAGAAGUUGACAAGCCAGAAGGUCCAAGAUGAAAAUGACGCUCACAAGCAGCAGCACCCCCAAAUGGAGGAAAAGGCGUUGACCGCAAGCCCCGUUGACAAACAGGAUCGUCAGGAAAGGACGGGCAAUGGAAGUGAACGCGUUGCAUUUGCGGUGGAGGGGAGGCCCGGCGCUGCAAAAAGGGCCAAUAGGGCGGUGGAGGUAGAGGUUGGGGCUGUAGUUGUUGGCGUGCAGGAAAAGGAGGAGUUGGCCGAUGAGCGCCGCAAGAAAAAGCAGCGGAAUAAAAAUGCGAGGGCCAAACGUCGCAAAGAAGAGCGUGAGGAUGAAUUGCUACUGGAGGAGGCACUGCGACAACGAGAGGAAGACGCAUUUGCUGAAGGUGGUCGGUUUGGCACGGGAAGUGGCAGGAGUGAGGAGGUGGAUCUUCUUGAGCUUCUCUCUGUUUGCGAUGCUAAAAAACUUGAUACGCGGGAAGAACGUAUUCGCCGCUUUGGCGCAAGAGCGGUAGAGGACAUUGGCGACGGCAGGGUGCCACAGCGGCGAGCAGAAAGCAGACCAACAUCACUUCUUUUUGCAGAACAUGCACAAUUCGUACCUCGUUUUUUCCACAGUCUGCUGGCAACACCCAAUCGAUACUGCUGGCCACAGUACGACGGUCUCGGGGUGACCCUGGUGGCAAAGGGGACACAAUCUGCCAGAAAUAAUGAGACCAAAGUAAAUGACGGUAACACCAAUGAUGGUGGACCUCUUUUAUACUACCUCGAUGAUUCUUCCGCCGAGACACGUCGUGCGGAGGCGGCACUGGCGGUUUGCGGGUCAAUGCAUGCCGGCGUAGAAGGCAUUAUGACAUGUUUGGCUGCUGCACCGUACCACAUCCCCACGCUUAUUAUCGCAAGCAAUUUGUUCGAGACGAUGGGUAAUAUUCCGCGCGCACAGGAGGCGAUUGACAUUGCACUGUAUCAUGUGGGCGUAUUACUAUCGCGAUUUCCUGUUCGUCAGACGGUGCGUCGACGUAGUCUGCCUUUUGGUGUCACUUCUAAUAGGCAAUUGUUUCAGGUUUUGCGCUGUGGAGUGCAUCAAGCACUUAGGAAGGCGGCCACAAGGACUGCAUGGGAGAUUGCGAAGCUGAUUUAUUCUCUUGAUGAUACAGAUCCGCUUGGGAUGUUACUGCAACUUGACUAUCUGGCACUGCGGGCGAAGCAGUGGGCAUGGUUGGUGCAGGUGUCUUUCAUCGUAGCACGUGAACUUGAGCGCCAUGCUGAAGGCAAGGUGGAUGAUACGAACGAUGCAUGGUCCAACCGCAAAUUGGCGUUGGCAUUGUCAACUCUUCCUGGUUUUUUUUUUAGCGCCGCCCUUGCUAAAUACUUUUUGGAACGCGAAGAGACAACGUCUGCGAUUUCUGGCGUGUCAAAUAAGGGCAAACCUUCAAAAGUGCUGCGUGAACUGACACCCACGCAACUACAUGCCUUUCGCAAUACACCACCGGCUUCGGUGAUGCUUGCGCACGCUAUUGGCCGUUUCCCUUCCGCCGCCGUACUAAUAGUUGAAAAAAUUGGAGGCCAGUCUGUUGUGUCAUCGGUUCCAGUGUCAUGGCAGGAUAUUGUGAAGGCGCACGAGUUGAACACGGAAGAGAACAGUUUACAUGUGGCGAGUAUGUGGGUUGCUAGGAAUGCCGAGAUUUGGAAGGCAGCAGAUCCAUGCGCCUUUUUACGACGUGUGAUAACGGAGGAUGACGGGCUUUGGUUAAAAUCCCACCGUGCUGAUAUUGGUGCUAAUUUGAGUGCUUCUGCUGCUGUCGUUACAGCGGACAGCCCGCAUCUUCCCACUCCAUGGAGGUACGCAUCACUCACGGAAGAAGACAUAUUGUGUCAGACUCUGACUACAAUCCCAGCACAUUUGCUGGACCCGAACGAGAUCACAGAAGAAGACUUGCGCGAUGAGGUACGGCGUGCGACGAGGCGUGAACUGACACCACUGGAACAACUUACCCUGCUGCGUUUUGAAUCUCUGUAUGGGCCCCUGUCACCACCGGCAAUUUCGCCGAGCGAACGGCUUUCGCGGUACAAUGCGAUGUUUGAAGAGGAAGGUAGAGUGCGGCAGAUUGGGGAGGAUCACAACCCCCUUUCUUUGUUCUUUCGAAUGUUUCUUCCCUGGAACAGCACAAGAGAAAUGGCACUGCGGGCGGCGUUAGACACCGCUGGGAUCCCUGACCCUGUCGCCAGCCUCAACCAUCAGCUGCGCAUGGAGGAGGAACUCUCCUGGCAAAUUGAAAUGGAAGAAGAAGAGGAGGAGGAGGAGGGAGAGGACUGGGAAACGGAGGACAGUUGGUAUGCCGAUGAGUACAUGGAAGACACUGACGAUGAAGACGCCUGA